AUGAAUGAAAAACAAUCAUCGAAACGAGAUGAACACACAAACAAAAAGAUGAAGAAGAUACGAGCAAAUGAUUGCUCGGACUCUCCUUCACGUACUCCAGACUUCAAAAACAUCACAUUAGAUCUGAAGCUUUUCAGUUUCAACCAAGAGAUUGAAUCGACUCAUAUUAAUACAGGGCAUAAAGAAUUGUCCCCAGAAGGGGAACGACCUUCCCCUGCUAGGGUUUUUACAUGCAACUAUUGUAAAGGAGAGUUCUCGACUUCUCAAGCUUUAGGCGGCCAUCAAAAUGCCCAUAAACAAGAGAGAGCUCGAGAUAAAAUGAGACUAGCAACGGGGUUACAUACUACUAAUUUCACAAGUAACAACUUCUACCAUCCUUAUAAUUUGGGUAACAUACCCUAUUAUUAUGGUGGAUAUAGCAAAAGAUCACCCCUUGGAGUAGUCAAUACUAAUUCCAUGAUUCAUAAGCCUAAUUAUAGAUGGCCUAAUACCCUUCAAGGUUAUAGAUCACAUGGAUUUGGUGGGUUAAACCAAUCUAAAUCAUCAUUAUUAGCUAAUUCUCAAUCAUUUAAUGAUAAAUUGAGGAUGCCAAAUACUAAUAAUAUUAUGAAUUAUUCAUCAAUUAACAAUUUGAAUAAUAUUUCAGGAUCUUUGCCUACACUUAGUGAAGAAGAUCAAGUAAAAACAAGUGGGCCCAUGGAUAUUUCAAUUGUUAAGAAUGCACCUUUAGAGAAACAAGAUGAUUUAUGCCUUGAUUUAUCUCUUAAGCUUUGA